GGUGCCUUUGCCUGCCUGAGUCACGUGGGGGUCGGGGGUUGGAAGCGGGAAGGUACCAAGCUCGACUAGUGCCUGCGUCCGCCAUGUUUUCUGGCCGACAUUCGUUUGGUCUUUCCCCGUGAGGAAAUGGCCGGAGAGCGCCACAGGGAACAGAGGUGCCCUGGCUGCGGCUCAGCCUGGGUUAACACAGCUGGGCGGCAGGAAAUCCCGGCAUCUCUGCGCAGGGAGGGAGGCGAUGGCGUCCAGCAGUAAUUGGCUGUCCGGGGUGAACGUCGUGCUGGUGAUGGCCUACGGGAGCCUGGUGUUUGUACUGCUGUUUAUUUUUGUGAAGAGACAAAUCAUGCGCUUUGCAAUGAAGUCAAGAAGGGGACCUCAUGUUCCUGUGGGACAUAAUGCCCCCAAGGACUUAAAAGAAGAGAUUGAUACUCGACUAUCCAGGGUUCAGGAUAUCAAGUAUGAACCCCAGCUCCUUGCAGAUGAUGAUGCAAGACUACUGCAACUGGAAACCCAGGGAAAUCAAAGUUGCUACAACUAUCUGUACAGGAUGAAAGCUCUGGAUGCCAUCCGUGCCUCUGAGAUACCAUUUCAUGCUGAAGGCCGACACCCCUGUUCUUUAAUGGGUAAGAAUUUCCGCUCCUACUUGCUAGACCUGCGAAACACUAGCACACCUUUCAAGGGUGUACGAAAGGCCCUCAUUGAUACUCUGCUGGAUGGAUAUGAAACAGCCCGCUAUGGGACAGGGGUCUUUGGUCAGAGUGAGUACCUGCGUUAUCAGGAGGCCCUGAGUGAGCUGGCCACUGUGGUCAAAGCACGAAUUGGGAGCUCUCAGAGACAACACCAGUCAGCAGCCAAAGACCUAACUCAGUCUCCUGAAAUAUCUCCAACAACCAUCCAGGUCACAUACCUCCCCUCCAGUCAGAAAAGUAAACGUGCCAAGCACUUUCUGGAAUUGAAGAGCUUUAAGGACAACUAUAACACACUGGAGAGUACUCUGUGAUGGAGCUGUUGCAGCCUUCAGGAUAUCUGACUCAGCAGGCCUGGACUCUAUCAUGGAAAACGUUUAUUGGGUCCAGAGUGUUUAUAGAGCUUGUGUCUGAAUGGUCAUUCCACAACCAUUUCUUA